AUAAAAAAGAGGAAAUAAUUUGAAUCUAAAACCCAAGGAAGGCACAACAGCUUGUAAUGAUGGAUGCAGUGUUUUAUCACAGCAACAAUUAGGCAACUUCGGGAGGGAGCAUCGGACAAGUAAGUAAUGUUGGAGUGUGACAGGCUGGUAGGGCUGGAUGUGGGAACCUUGAUGGGCAGCGGCAGCUGCCUUUCCUCCCCCUUUCUUUUCAUUUAUCCCCUACAACUGCAGAGAAGGCAGCAGAUAUGACGCAAUAUGGCCUAAUGCACAAUGGCCUCUACUUUUUUUCCCCAUCUGCCUGUUGAUGCAACGGCACAAACGCUUGCUCCUACAAACUUCAGUCAUGCGUGAGGCCGCUGCGAGGGCAGCGCGGGGCCUGCUGGCCGGGGAUUGGGUUGAACGGGGAAGCUCAGCAUGCCCGGCGGCUCCCGACGGCCGGAGGUCCCGACCCAUAGAGCGGUCGCCGGGCCAAGGGGCGGCUGUGCUGCCGGCCGGCACUGCGGGCGGUGAGCCCCUCGCUGCCCCGCCGCCCGCUCGGGGGGAUCCUCUCCCUGCUGCUCCCGGCCCCGGCGCGGCCCGUCCCGCGGGGCGUGUCCCGGGCAGCCCCGCUCCGCCCCAGCCCGGCGGGGCGGCGGGCGCGCGGCAACGGCCGGGGCAGGGCCGGGCCGGGAGCCGCGGAACGGCGGGCAGCGCUAUGGGGCUGGAGACGGAGAAGGUGGACACCCGCAUCUUCAUGGACGACGACAACUUCCCGCGGAGCGGCGGCCCCGCGCUGUCGGAGGCGGAGAAGGGCGCGGAGGACGAGCUGGACCGCGACCCCCAUGGGAUGAACGCCCACCUCCAGCUGGGAUUCGAGGAUGUGAUCGCGGAGCCCGAGCUAACGCACUCCUUCGACAAAGUCUGGAUCUGCAGCCACGCUCUCUUUGAGCUCAGCAAGUACGUGAUCUACAAACUCCUGACCCUGGUCCUUGCCAUACCCCUGGCCCUGGUUGUGGGGAUCGUCUUCGCGGCGCUCAGCUGCCUGCACAUCUGGAUUGUGGUGCCUUUUGUGAAAACCUGUCUCAUGGUCUUGCCUUCAAUGCAAACUAUAUGGAAGAGCCUGACAGAUGUUUUUGUCGUACCAUUCUUUCAGAGCAUAGGCCGAUGCUUUGCCAUGGUUAAUAUACGCCUGGACCAAGAGUAAACAUCAGGGGUGCAACACUGCUGUAAUUGUAGCUGGUUUUAUACCUCUUUGCUAACCUAACAUACAAGCACUUACCAUUCAUUCCACACUGAUAAAUUACAAUGGCUGGUUUAAGCGGGAACAUGUUAUUUUUCCUAAAACUCAUUUAUUAUCAGGGAGAUCAGUUUAAGAAUAAGUAGGCAGUUUUCAUAACUCACUAUUUUAACAACAGAGCAAUUGUGGAGUGUGUUGGCAACACUUUAUUUUAAUGGUACGUUGGUUGCUAGAUGGCAGGAGAAUUCUCGUGGAGGUUUAACAGGCACCACAGUGAUAAUGAUUUGCAUUAUUACUAUAAAAAUUUCAGUAAGUAGGUUGUGGUACCUUAGGUGAAAGUGAUCUCUAAGGGUUCACGUUGACUUUACUGCAGUUCCUAUGCAGAAUGAUAAACCCAGUCCUUUAUUGUCAGCAGUUAAAAUGAAUGUGACUCAUUGCAUAAACAUACAGGAAAAGGAACUGCUGUGUAAUUCUCCUGUAUCAGAGGGAAAAGCUCCCUAGAAGUUUAUCCCUUAAAAUAAGGUGUUAGCUAAUGAUUUGGAACAUCAGCUAAUCUGUAUAUUUUAUUUAAUGAGAGGUUAACUUUGCUGUAUAUUUUGUACCUUUGUAAAUGGCACUCGAUAGUUUUCUUUGAAGCAUUAUUUCUAUAGUAUUUUAAUUCUAACCAACUUAUUAGGAAGCAAGAGUGAGACACUGCAAAAAAUUACUUCAGAUAACUAAAGUUUAUGUUUCUAAAUUAUGUAGAUUUUAAAGUGCUGCCAUGCAAUUUUAGUAUAAUCAUUAUAUAUGAUUGUGUGUAAAAGCAAAGAUUGUAAGUGUUUUCAUACAAUACCUUGCAAAAGAUUUGGAAAUACCUGUUUAUAAGAAAUGUUUUUUAUUAAAAAUGGGGUGUAGUAAAUGCAACCAUGCCUAUUUCUGUGUAUUAUCUGUGUGAAAAUUGUGAUAUUUAAAAUUAAAGACACUCUGCUGGCACUUUAACUAGGUAGCAAGCUCUUAUAGAAGGCAAGUGACUGUAAUUGGUAUCCUUGUCUAAUUCUCUUCACCUAUUGACUUGACUCCCCAUAUUGCUUAUUUACUUCUUCAAAGCCUAACCCCUAAAAAAAGCCCUUCUUCCUUCUGCACUUAAUAUGAUUUUGUAAACCAGAAUAACAGAAUAUAUGCAGAGGUACAUGAAAAUUACAUUAGCCUUCUGAUGGGCUUAUGCUGCUGUUUUCUUUAAAUACAGAUGGUAAGUUGCAAUUGUAAAAUGUUUGUCUGAUUCAGAAUGUUAUUUCCUAAAAUGAUGUCACAGAUUUCAUAUCAAAAAAGAGCUAUAUAAUAAAAUAAUAAAAUGUCAGCUUUUUCCCAUUUUAAACUUCUUUUUUUUUUUUUUUAUAUUUCUCAGCUUUUUAAAAAGCUGUUUAGAUAAAUACCAAACAGCACGGAAUACUAUGCGGUUCUUCCAAAAUAUGGGAGAGGGAAAGGACGAGCAUCAAUACAGUUCCACUGUUAUCAACUGCAUUUAACAUAUUUGUAGUAGAAAAUGAUGUAUCUCUGUAUGUUAUUAAGCCCAUACAGAAUGGUUGCUUUCUCUAAAACAGGUGCCUCUGCAGAAUUUUGGCUACAUUUAAAAAAAAGGCGCUUAAUUCUUUUUAUGGGCACAUGCUUCCUUUACAGAUGAACUGCAGAACUUUCCUUUUCUUGCUUAUUGGCCUACAGAAGCUAGCUGACCCUGUAUAUUCUUUGUACGCUAAGAACAUCUUUGUAUGUUAAAAGUAUUUUUGCCAUUUGCGUCAUUUAGAGACGGAUUCAUAUGGCUUUUGAAAACUGGAUCUUAAUGAUUACUGCCCAUGGAAAGUUGUCUGGAAUUUUUUUUAUCUUGCAAGAAGUUAGCUUGUUAUUCAGAUGUGUUCUGCAAGAUACCUUUCUUAUGUUUAAAAUGCAGAUGUCUCUUUUGAAAAUAAAAAUUGGUCAGGCUAGGCUUGAGCUCUUUUGAGAGUUAUUUUCUUUUACAACAUCCAAGAAUUUUUACAAAGAUAUUUUUCAUGGAAAAAAAUAUCCUCUUGAUGAAUUCAUUAAGAAAAAAAAAAAAGGAAAAUAAAUUAAUCAGUACUAGUUCUUGUGUCUAAAAGGAGCCCUAUAAAAGCUCUGAGGGAACUCAAGUCUGGAUCCAAACUUUGAGAAUGAGGCCAUUCCCUAGAGAAAAAUGUAUUGGUUUAGGCCAUGAACUCCUGGAUAUACACAUUCUUAAGUAGCUCACUGAAAUCAUCUGGCUCUAGCUACCACAGACAAUGAAGUAGAAUGGUUUGGUUUGGUCUUAUUGUGAUUUAGGCUUGUCUUUAGUUAGUUCUUUUCACCAUUUCUCUAGCUGUUACAAGACUCGAGCAAGCUUGUAAUUAAGUAAUUAAACCUGUUAUUUUCUUACAUAAUUUAUAGCAGUAUCUUUCUCUGGAACAGAUGUGCUCUUACUAUGAGAAAAUACCAAAUGUACUGUUAGGCUUAGAGUAAGAUGUUAGAUGCUUGGCAAAUACACUUACUUACUUCAUCCAUGAAAGGAGUUGAAGGAAGUAUGAAUAUAUACAGACUCUCCAGUGCUCAGAUGUGAAUCUGCCUGAGGCAGCUCUGGCUGGCCAGUAUGCUCUGGAUUUUAUGGAUUUGACAGUUCUGACAGACAUCCCAAAGCUGUGCCACAGCUGAUACUGUCAAUAGCUUACAGCAUUGUUGGACAACAGGGACAGAAUGGGCACUGGCACUGAACUGUAAUCUUCAGCGUAGGCACGUUCCUAGAGUUCUUUUGCAGUGCAUUUGAUAUGUGGACAAAUCAUCCCAGCUGAUCCCUUAACUGCAACUUGCACAUGAGGAUUUAGGCAAGAAGGGAAUACAGAAGUCUCUUCGUCUGUAACAAAUAUAGGAAAAUUUACACCUAAUUCAGGUCAUCUACUUUGAUACAUCUUCUCCACCUCUGUGGAACGAGGAAAAUGUUAUGGCUCUUAAAAAGAGUAGACUUUCCAUCAUCAUGGUAGAGUUAUGAGGAUAAAAGUCUGCCUCUUGUUUCUGAUGACCUUAGGUUUAUCAUCAUGAGCUGGAGAUUCAGUUCUGUCCUGCAAAAUAUUUCAACACCCUGUUUUUCACGAUGAUCACAACUAACACACAGAACUAACCCCGAAUUUGUGUUUAUGUACUUUUUUUCUGUCAAUUCGUAAAGAAAUUUAACCUGCCUUCUUAUAAGAGCUAUUUCAUAAAAUCAUUCUAAUCUGACUGUAGAACUUUUAUAUUUGUAUCUUAUCUUUCCCUACCCUACUUGUUCAUCAUAUACAUUGGAACAAAUUCUUAGUAGAAACUUUGACAUAUUGAGAAGCCUUUUCCCACCUAUCCAAAAAGCUCAUUUAGGCGUACACUGACUGAAAAGUUCAGAACAUCCCUGCAGCUCUGGACCUCAGACCACACACUCAUUUUUAGCAGAACCCAAAGUUCAAGUCCAUAUUUUUACAGGGUGUGAUCGCUCCCCCACCUGCAGAGAUAAAACUACUGCUGUUAAGCUGUAUUAACUCUCUUUUAUAAAUACAUGGAAAAAUACAUGUGUUUUGUUUCUUUUUUUAAAAAUAAAAAUGCAAAUGGAACAAGGUCAAA